AUGUUCAUAUUGCGCGUCGAAAGGAACUGGCGUCUUAUUGCGCGCCAGAUGCAGAGACUCCUCAAACAGAUGAAGGAUAUGGCCGAAAGGCAAAACGCAGACUUCCACGAUAUCCUUGAAGGCUUGGGCAUCGACCUGGAUUUUAUCAUUGAUCUGAGUAUUCUUGCUCCAUUAUCUGAUACCGCGGAGGGCGAAUUGCGCUGGCCAAAAGAAUGGGUUGAACCCAAAGGCACAUUCGACGCCAACUUGGACAUGCUCAAAAGUUGGGUCCUUGACUGUUACUCAAGGCCGGACGAAAAGGAGGAGGAGGAGACUCCAUGCCUGGUUAAGGGCCAGGGCUGUUUGCUGUUUGCGUACAAAACUGAUAUCCCCUUCCUGCACAACAUCUUCUCAAGAGCUCGCACCUCAUAUGAAUGUCGUGGGCGAGAGACCGGCUUCUAUCCUCAUGUCAGUGUUAAGUCAUUGAGAGGUAAUGUCAAGAGCAUCCAACAACUGGAGAAGGUAUAG